AUGGUUUGGCUGGCCCUGCUCAUCCAGGAUGCCCUGUUAGUGAAGUGGAUCCCUGCUGGUGUCUGGGAAAAAGUAGAAUAUGCCUUCCUGAUUAUUUUUACAGUCGAAACAUUUUUGAAGAUUAUAGCAUAUGGAUUAUUGCUACAUCCUAAUGCUUAUGUUAGGAAUGGAUGGAAUUUACUGGAUUUUGUUAUAGUCAUAGUAGGAUUGUUUAGUGUAAUUUUGGAACAAUUAACCAAAGAAACAGAAGGCGGUAACCACUCCAGUGGCAAAUCAGGAGGCUUUGACGUCAAAGCCCUCCGCGCCUUUCGAGUGUUACGACCACUUCGACUAGUAUCAGGAGUGCCCAGUUUACAAGUUGUCCUGAACUCCAUUAUAAAAGCCAUGGUUCCCCUCCUUCACAUAGCCCUUUUGGUAUUAUUUGUAAUCAUAAUCUAUGCUAUUAUAGGAUUGGAGCUUUUUAUUGGAAAAAUGCACAAAACAUGUUUUUUUGCUGACUCAGAUGUGGUGGCUGAAGAGGACCCGGCGCCGUGUGCGUUCUCAGGGAAUGGACGCCAGUGCACCGCCAACGGCACGGAGUGUAGGAGUGGCUGGGUUGGCCCCAAUGGUGGCAUCACCAACUUCGACAACUUUGCCUUUGCCAUGCUCACUGUGUUUCAGUGCAUCACCAUGGAGGGCUGGACAGACGUGCUCUACUGGGUAAAUGAUGCGAUAGGAUGGGAAUGGCCAUGGGUGUAUUUUGUUAGUCUCAUCAUCCUUGGCUCAUUUUUCGUCCUUAACCUGGUUCUUGGUGUCCUUAGUGGAGAGUUCUCGAAGGAAAGGGAGAAAGCGAAAGCACGGGGAGACUUCCAGAAGCUCCGGGAGAAGCAGCAGCUGGAAGAGGAUCUUAAGGGCUACUUGGACUGGAUCACCCAAGCAGAAGACAUUGAUCCUGAGAAUGAAGAAGAAGGAGGCGAAGAGAGCAAACGAAAUACCAGCAUGCCCACCAGUGAGACGGAGUCUGUGAACACAGAGAACGUGAGCGGGGAAGGCGAGAACCGAGGCUGCUGUGGGAGUCUCUGUCAAGCCAUCUCAAAGUCCAAGCUCAGCCGCCGCUGGCGCCGCUGGAACCGCUUCAGUCGCAGAAGGUGUAGGGCUGCCGUGAAGUCCGUCACAUUUUACUGGCUGGUCAUUGUCCUGGUGUUUCUCAACACCUUAACCAUUUCCUCCGAGCAUUACAACCAGCCUGACUGGUUGACACAGAUUCAAGAUAUUGCUAACAAAGUCCUCUUGGCUCUGUUCACCUGUGAGAUGCUGGUCAAAAUGUACAGCUUGGGUCUCCAGGCGUACUUUGUCUCUCUUUUCAAUCGGUUUGAUUGCUUCGUGGUGUGCGGCGGAAUUACCGAGACGAUCCUGGUGGAACUGGAGAUCAUGUCUCCCCUGGGCAUCUCUGUGUUCCGCUGUGUGCGGCUCUUGAGAAUUUUCAAAGUGACCAGGCACUGGACCUCCCUGAGCAACUUGGUGGCAUCCUUGUUAAACUCCAUGAAGUCCAUCGCUUCGCUGCUGCUUCUGCUCUUUCUCUUCAUCAUCAUCUUCUCCUUGCUGGGGAUGCAGCUGUUCGGCGGCAAGUUUAAUUUUGAUGAAACGCAGACCAAGCGGAGCACCUUCGAUAAUUUCCCGCAAGCCCUUCUCACAGUGUUCCAGAUCCUGACAGGCGAAGACUGGAAUGCUGUGAUGUACGACGGCAUCAUGGCGUAUGGGGGCCCGUCAUCUUCUGGAAUGAUCGUCUGCAUCUACUUCAUCAUCCUCUUCAUCUGCGGUAACUAUAUUCUACUGAAUGUCUUCUUGGCCAUCGCUGUAGAUAAUUUGGCUGAUGCUGAAAGUUUGAAUACUGCUCAGAAGGAGGAAGCUGAAGAAAAGGAAAGGAAAAAGAUUGCCAGAAAAGAAAGUCUGGAAAAUAAAAAGAACAACAAACCAGAAGUGAACCAGAUAGCCAACAGUGACAACAAGGUUACCAUCGAUGACUACAGAGAAGAGGACGAGGACAAGGACCCCUACCCACCCUGCGAUGUGCCAGUAGGUGAAGAGGAAGAGGAGGAGGAAGAGGAUGAACCCGAGGUUCCUGCUGGCCCCCGUCCUCGCAGAAUCUCUGAGUUGAACAUGAAAGAGAAAAUCGCCCCCAUCCCGGAAGGGAGCGCUUUCUUCAUUCUCAGCAAGACCAACCCGAUCCGCGUGGGCUGCCACAAGCUCAUCAACCACCACAUCUUCACCAACCUCAUCCUAGUUUUCAUCAUGCUGAGCAGCGCCGCCCUCGCCGCUGAGGACCCCAUCCGCAGCCACUCCUUCCGGAACACUAUACUGGGUUACUUUGACUAUGCUUUCACAGCCAUCUUUACUGUUGAAAUCCUGUUGAAGAUGAUGACCUUUGGCGCUUUCCUCCACAAAGGCGCUUUCUGCAGGAACUACUUCAACUUACUGGAUAUGCUGGUCGUUGGGGUGUCGUUGGUGUCAUUUGGGAUCCAAUCCAGUGCCAUCUCUGUUGUGAAGAUUCUGAGGGUCCUAAGGGUCCUGAGGCCACUCAGGGCCAUCAACAGAGCGAAAGGACUCAAGCACGUGGUCCAGUGUGUCUUCGUGGCCAUCCGGACGAUUGGCAACAUCAUGAUCGUCACCACGCUCCUCCAGUUCAUGUUCGCCUGCAUCGGGGUCCAGCUCUUCAAGGGAAAGUUCUAUCGCUGCACAGACGAAGCCAAAAGUAACCCCGAAGAAUGCAGGGGGCUCUUCAUCCUCUACAAGGAUGGGGAUGUCGAUAGUCCUGUGGUCCGUGAGAGGAUCUGGCAAAACAGCGAUUUCAACUUUGACAACGUCCUCUCGGCUAUGAUGGCUCUGUUCACAGUCUCCACGUUCGAGGGCUGGCCCGCGUUGCUGUACAAAGCCAUCGACUCGAACGGAGAGAACGUGGGCCCCGUCUACAACUACCGCGUGGAGAUCUCCAUCUUUUUCAUCAUCUACAUCAUCAUUGUCGCGUUCUUCAUGAUGAACAUCUUCGUGGGCUUCGUCAUCGUCACGUUUCAGGAGCAGGGAGAGAAAGAGUAUAAGAACUGUGAGCUGGACAAAAAUCAGCGUCAGUGUGUUGAAUACGCCUUGAAGGCACGUCCGCUGCGGAGAUACAUCCCCAAAAACCCCUACCAGUACAAGUUCUGGUACGUGGUGAACUCCUCGCCUUUCGAAUACAUGAUGUUUGUCCUCAUCAUGCUCAACACACUCUGCCUGGCCAUGCAGCACUAUGAGCAAUCCAAGAUGUUUAAUGAUGCCAUGGACAUCCUGAACAUGGUCUUCACUGGGGUGUUCACUGUCGAGAUGGUUUUGAAAGUCAUUGCAUUUAAGCCUAAGCACUAUUUCACUGAUGCAUGGAACACUUUUGAUGCCUUAAUUGUUGUUGGUAGCGUCGUUGAUAUUGCUAUAACUGAAGUGAAUCCAACUGAAAGUGAAAAUGUCCCUGUCCCAACCGCUACACCUGGGAACUCUGAAGAGAGCAAUAGAAUCUCCAUCACCUUUUUCCGUCUUUUCCGAGUGAUGCGAUUGGUGAAGCUUCUCAGCAGGGGGGAAGGCAUCCGGACGCUGCUGUGGACUUUUAUUAAGUCCUUCCAGGCGCUCCCGUAUGUCGCCCUUCUCAUCGCCAUGCUGUUCUUCAUCUACGCGGUCAUCGGCAUGCAGAUGUUUGGGAAAGUGGCUAUGAGAGAUAACAACCAGAUCAACAGGAACAACAAUUUCCAGACCUUUCCCCAGGCGGUGCUGCUACUCUUCAGGUGUGCGACAGGGGAAGCCUGGCAGGAAAUCAUGCUAGCCUGCCUCCCGGGGAAGCAAUGCGACCCUGACUCAGAUUACAACCCCGGGGAGGAGUACACAUGUGGGAGCAACUUCGCCAUCGUUUAUUUCAUCAGUUUUUAUAUGCUCUGUGCAUUUCUGAUCAUCAACCUCUUCGUGGCUGUCAUCAUGGACAAUUUUGAUUAUCUCACCCGGGACUGGUCUAUUCUGGGGCCUCACCAUUUAGACGAAUUCAAACGGAUCUGGUCUGAAUAUGACCCCGAGGCAAAGGGAAGGAUCAAGCACCUGGACGUGGUCACUCUGCUCCGCCGCAUCCAGCCGCCCCUGGGCUUCGGGAAGCUGUGUCCACACCGGGUAGCCUGCAAGAGACUAGUUGCUAUGAACAUGCCACUCAACAGUGAUGGGACAGUCAUGUUUAAUGCAACUCUGUUUGCUCUGGUUCGAACGGCUCUUAAAAUCAAGACUGAAGGCAACCUGGAACAAGCUAAUGAAGAACUCCGAGCUGUGAUCAAGAAAAUUUGGAAGAAAACCAGCAUGAAACUACUUGACCAAGUUGUCCCUCCAGCUGGUGAUGAUGAGGUAACCGUGGGGAAGUUCUAUGCCACUUUCCUGAUACAGGACUACUUUAGGAAAUUCAAGAAACGGAAAGAACAAGGACUGGUGGGAAAAUACCCCGCGAAGAACAGCACAAUUGCCCUACAGGCGGGAUUAAGGACACUGCAUGACAUUGGGCCAGAAAUCCGGCGGGCUAUAUCAUGCGAUUUGCAAGAUGAUGAGCCAGAGGAAACAAAACGAGAAGAAGAAGAAGAUGUGUUCAAAAGAAAUGGUGCCCUGCUUGGAAACCAUGUCAAUCAUGUUAAUAGUGAUAGGAGAGAUUCCCUUCAGCAGACCAAUACCACCCACCGUCCCCUGCAUGUCCAAAGGCCUUCAAUUCCACCUGCAAGUGAUACUGAGAAACCGCUGUUUCCUCCAGCAGGAAAUUCGGUGUGUCAUAACCAUCAUAACCAUAAUUCCAUAGGAAAGCAAGUUCCCAGCUCAACAAAUGCCAAUCUCAAUAAUGCCAAUAUGUGCAAAGCUGCCCCUGGAAAGCGGCCCAGCAUUGGGAACCUUGAUCUUGUGUCUGAAAAUGGGCAUCAUUCCUUCCACAAGCAUGGCCGUGAGCCUCACAGAAGGUGCAGUAUUAAAAGAACCCGCUAUUAUGAAACUUACAUUAGGUCUGACUCGGGAGACGAGCAGUUCCCGACGAUUUGCCGGGAGGACCCGGAGAUACACGGCUACUUCAGGGACCCCCACUGCCCGGGGGAGCAGGAAUAUUUCAGCAGCGAGGAGUACUAUGAGGAUGACAGCUCACCCACCGGGAGCAGGCAAAGCUACGGCUGCGGCUACUAUAACCGGUACCCUGGCAGCAGCUUGGACUUUGAGCGGCCUCGAGGCUACCAUCACCCCCAAAGCUUCUCAGAGGACGACGACUCGCCCGUUGGCUACGAUUCCCGGAGGUCUCCGAGGCGACGCCUACUACCUCCUACCCCUACAUCCCCGCGCAGGUCCUCCUUCAACUUUGAGUGCCUGCGCCGGCAGAGCAGCCAGGAGGAGGUCCCGCCGUCGCCCGCCUUCCAGCCCCGCACGGCCCUGCCUCUGCACCUGAUGCAGCAACAGAUCAUGGCAGUCGCCGGCCUAGAUUCCAGUAAAGCCCAGAAGUACUCGCCCAGCCACUCCACCCGGUCGUGGGCCACCCCCCCGGCCACGCCGUCGUAUCGGGACUGGACGCCGUGCUAUACCCCGCUGAUCCAGGUCGAGCGGCCAGAGGCCCCAGACCAGGUCAACGGCAGCCUCCCGUCCCUGCACCGCAGCUCAUGGUACACGGACGAGCCCAGCGUCUCCUAUCGGACGUUCACACCAGCCAGCCUGACCGUCCCCAGCAGCUUCCACAGCAAGAACAGCGACAAGCAGAGGAGUGCCGACAGCCUGGUGGAGGCAGUUCUGAUAUCUGAAGGCUUAGGACGGUACGCGAGGGACCCAAAGUUCGUGUCGGCGACAAAACACGAAAUCGCCGACGCCUGUGACUUAACCAUCGACGAGAUGGAGAGUGCAGCCAGCAACCUGCUGAACGGGAACGUGCAUCCCCGGGCCAAUGGAGACGUGGGCCCCGUUUCACACAGGCAAGACUACGAGCUCCAGGACUUCGGGCCUGGCUAUAGCGACGAGGAGCCGGACCCUGGGAGGGACGAGGAGGACCUGGCAGACGAGAUGAUUUGCAUCACCACCCUGUAGCCCCUCCAGGGGGCCGCUGACAGGCUCUGGCCUCAAGGUGGGGCACCGGAGGGCCAGGGGAAAAGUGCCUCGUAGUUAGGAGAAUUUAGGCACUAGCGUGGAGUCCCUAUUCGCAGUUAGAAUUUUGUAACAAGUGAUGUCAUGCCUCAAGGAAGCCAUAAACCUGGCAGGGGACAGCCGUGCCCCAGCUGUGUGGGCGAGGGCGGGUCCAGCCCUCCUGGAGAGGACCAGCGAGGAGGGUCAGACGAGCCCUGCUGGCUUGUCCAGAGCGUUCGCCUGCCGCCCGCAGGCAUGGGGUGGGAAAGGUUUAAAGGUGAUGACGAUCACCACACCUGUGUCAUUACCUCAGCCAUCGGUCUAGCAUAUCAGACGCUCACUGGGCCCAGCAUAUCCAUUUUUAAACCCUUUCCCCCCCCCCAAAAAAAACACACUGCUUCCUGAUUCCUGUUCAGCUGUUCUGAAAUACAGUGUGUACAUCAGGACCAGCCUACCAGCCGUCAUCCUGGGAGGGGAAGCAGGACCCUGUAAGCAGGGUUUUCUGGGAUGUGAUGCCAGUUUACAGGCAGGAGAGCGUCGCUCCGACAGUCGGAUUUCUGACUGUCAGGCUAAGGGCAGCUGUAAACUGGAAUAACACUGCACUCGCAACCAGGUAAACUUAGAUACGCUAGUUUGUUUAAAAAUUAUAGAUUUACUGUACAUGACUUGUAAUAUACUAUAAUUUGUAUUUGUAAAGAGAUGGUCUAUAUUUUGUAAUUAUUGUUCCGUAUUUGAAAUGCAGCAAUAUCCAUGGGUCCUAAUAACUGUAGUUCCCCACUAAAAUCUAGAAACUGUUAGUAUUUUUACUUGGGCUAUACAGAAGUAUAAUAGAAGAAACAGAGCCAAUUCUCAUUUAUUCAGUGAAAAAUCUUUUGGGGGUACAAUCUUUAGUUCAGAAGAACUUGACACUACAGAGAUUUUUCUAAAAUAUUUUGAGUCACUAUAAAUCUAUCUUUACACAAGAGAUUCCAGAGGACUAUUUGCAGUCUUUUCUUUGGGCAGGGGUUCUGUGAUUUGAUAUUGUAACUUUUGAUCCACCAUGGGUUGCAACUGUCUUUUGUUUUCCUUUAAUAACCCCUCCGAUGAGUUCACUGCAGAGGAGGUCGAGCUGGUUACUCGGACCCUGUGGCAUUCAUUCACGGUCAUGGUGUUCUCAUGAUAUUCUGGCAUUUCUGGUGCAGAAAUAAUGGCAGUGGUGAAUGAAGUCUCUCUGCUGCUGUCCCCCCGGGACUGGUAAGGCUGUGCAUCUGAGGAAAUAAGAGUGCUGGAGGCUGGGGGACCGCGGAGGCAGAAGAGGAUCUUACAGGACUAGACGUCGGGGUCUGUACAAACCGAAUUGCUGCCUUUUUACAAAACAUUGCUAUGCUGUGUGCUCUUUUUGAGGGCUUUUAUAUGCAACUGAAUGAGGGCUGAAGUUUUCCCUAGAACGCACUCUCACUCCCAUUCUCGAUGAAAACCCACUUUGGGAUCAUCAGACCCAUCAAGGCUUCCUUUUCUGUUCACAGAAUUAUGCCGACUUUGUUGAGUUACCGUGGCAGGGAUUCCCUGCAGUCAAAAAGACUAGUAGCAGUUUUUGGUUCAAAAUUUUUAAAGAAUACAUGACCUAUUAAUGUUAGUUUUUUUGUUUUUUGUUUUUUUUUUUUUGUAAAUAACACUUUGUUAUGAAGACCUUACAAA